GGCUGGCUGGCACUGCAGGACGGACUUCCAAGUUGCCCCUAGAACACCUGGAGGUCGGGAGCUCAAAGCCCCCACAGGCGGCUAGCCAGUGGCCUCACGUGUCCGCGAGAAGCCCGCGACGCCCAGGACCGCAUGGCGCGCUUAGAGCUCGCCAAGUCGCGCAUAAGCCAAAGAUAAACGCUAAUGGGCCCGCGGGCUUGUUGGCUGGGACGCUGAGUUAGCGCGCACCCGGAGCGCCUUUCGUUUUAAGGAACCUUACUUCUGGGAAGGGACAGGGAACUGUCAAUCAGCGAGGGAGGGAGCGCACCGGCGCUGGGUGAUGUCAGCGGAUCAGCUGCUCGAUAACAAAGAAGGGGUAUUACAGGAGAAAGUUGCAGCAGCGGCGGCGACCGCAGCGGCACCCGGGAGCCUCAGAGGCGAGGGGCUAGUGGGUGAAGGAAGGAAGGACGGCUGCUGCCUCAGCAGUUGAAGGCCAAGGAAUUAGGAGGGCUCUAGGGGGAGGCAGGCAGUGCGAGCCAGCCCCGACUGCUCCUCCUCUUCCUCCUCCUCCUCCAAACUCGCAGGGCUGAGCCCCAGCGCUCGCUCAGCCGCCGGGAGCACCAAGAGGGACGGGAGGCAGCCGCGCGGCCCAGAGCCGGUCAGGGUCCCCAGCCGCCAUGGAUAGCGACGACGAGAUGGUGGAGGAGGCAGUGGAAGGGCACCUGGAUGAUGAUGGAUUACCACAUGGGUUCUGCACCGUCACCUACUCCUCUACUGACAGAUUUGAGGGGAACUUUGUUCAUGGAGAAAAGAAUGGACGGGGGAAGUUCUUCUUCUUUGAUGGCAGUACCCUGGAAGGGUAUUACGUGGACGAUGCCCUGCAGGGCCAGGGAGUUUAUACUUAUGAAGACGGGGGAGUUCUCCAAGGCACCUAUGUAGAUGGAGAGCUGAAUGGUCCAGCCCAGGAAUACGACACGGAUGGGAGACUGAUCUUCAAGGGGCAAUAUAAAGAUAACAUUCGGCAUGGAGUUUGCUGGAUAUAUUACCCAGAUGGAGGUAGCCUUGUAGGAGAAGUAAAUGAAGAUGGGGAGAUCACGGGAGAGAAGAUAGCCUAUGUGUACCCCGAUGAAAGGACCGCACUUUAUGGAAGAUUCAUUGAUGGAGAGAUGAUAGAAGGAAAGCUGGCCACCCUUAUAUCCGCUGAAGAAGGGAGGCCUCACUUUGAAUUGAUGCCUGGAAGUUCCGUGUACCAUUUCGAUAAGUCAACUUCAUCCUGCAUUUCUACCAGUGCUCUUCUUCCAGAUCCUUAUGAAUCAGAGAGGGUUUAUGUUGCUGAAUCUCUCAUUUCCAGUGCUGGAGAAGGACUGUUUUCCAAGGUAGCUGUGGGACCUAAUACUGUUAUGUCUUUUUAUAAUGGAGUCCGAAUUACACACCAGGAGGUUGAUAGCAGGGACUGGGCCCUUAACGGGAACACUCUCUCCCUCGAUGAAGAGACGGUCAUUGAUGUGCCUGAGCCCUACAACCAUGUAUCCAAGUACUGUGCCUCCUUGGGACACAAGGCAAAUCACUCCUUUACUCCAAACUGCGUCUAUGAUAUGUUUGUCCACCCCCGUUUUGGAACCAUCAAGUGCAUUCGCACUCUCCGCGCUGUGGAGGCUGAUGAGGAGCUCACCGUGGCCUAUGGCUAUGACCACAGCCCCCCAGGGAAGAGUGGGCCUGAAGCCCCGGAGUGGUACCAGGUGGAGCUGAAGGCCUUCCAAGCCACCCAGCAGAAGUGAAAGGCCUGGUGGUCUUGGGUUCAGAGACCUGGAGUAAAAACUUGGAUCUAUGCACUACGUUUAUCCGACAACGGGACAACCAGGGACUGCUCAUGCUGUGACAUCACAUCCUCUCACCCUGCGUUAGUAACGACUUUCUUGCAUACUAACUAGGUUUGACUGUAUUACUCAUACCAGAUUUAAAAUUAGCUAGCCUUGCAGCAACGUCCUACUGAGAGGUAGUGUCGAGCAUUUGACAUAAGACAGCGUGAUAUUCUUGGGUGGUUCAAGUCUAAAUCUGUACCACAUUCAGAGAUGCCAAACGGUUAGACUGAAAAAGGGAAAUGGGGCUUUUCAGUCAUUUUUAGUCAGUGGUUUUUCCAUGAUGUUCUUUUUUUCCUAUGGCCAAUGCAAAUUGUGUUAUUAUACUUGCAUAUGUGCCGUAUGGAGGGUAGAGAAUUACUCAUUUUUAUAUUCUCUCAGUGUAGUAUAAUUUGCCUUUUAACCUUUGAUCUGUAUCUUGCAAUAGAAUGGCUUUGUUUUUUCCUAGUGAACAGAAGCCCACUUUUCGACUCAUUUCACCCCUCAGUCCUAUUCCCUAUCUUAGAUAUCUUUUACAAAAGAAAACCUUCCAAAUGGAUUUUGUGUCAGUGGCAGUGUGUAGGUCUCUCCGGCUCUUUCUAGAUCAUUCUUUCAUUAUUAUGUCCAAAUAUAAAAAACCAGCUCAUAGGUCUGGAGUAUUAUUAUAGAAUUAUUAUUCUCGCAUGUAAACAAAGAUAUCUUUGCUUUAAGAUGUGAGAAGAAAUGAGUUUACUUUGUUUGCAUUAAGUUAUAGAAGAGGUGUAAUAUAUAUUUUCAGAAAGAAGAGAGGGAAAUUAAUAUUUCUAAGCAGUAACUCUGUGGCAAUUUUGCAAUAUCUGCAAUAGUGCUAGUAAUUUUUCUCCUUGGGUACACAUUAAAUGUACAUAACAUAGAGCAGUCUGGCUUAUGCCAUAGUGCAUUGAAUUCAAAAGUUAAAUAGCAAACUUGGAAUUCUGACACAGAAUUUAGAAGUUGUUUUUUUUUUUUAAUCAAUGCUAUUAAGGCAGACAUACUGAUCACUAGAUACAAAUCAAACCCUAAAGCUAAAACUGUUCUUUAUUGUAAUUUCGCAGCACUUACCUGCUUCAAUGCAUUGUAAAUUAAGAGUAACACUUGUAUAGUUUAAAAGCAAGAAUAUCAAUAGCAUUUCAGCCAUUUGCAAGCCUUGUGUAAUCACAACUGCAGAAAUAAGAAGAAAAACCCUGUUUUUAGUUUAGCUAAUUAGGUCUGUAACAUACCUGGGAUUGCUCUGAAUGAAUGCUGAGGUUUUGGGGUUUUUUAUAAGUGCCCUCACCACAUGCCGUAGCUCUGUCUUCUCUAGACGCCUUGAUGAAAUAGCUGAGUAGGUCUGUAGAGCAGUAGUUGUGGCGACCUGCGACUGUCAUCUGUUGCCUGAGUCAGUUUUGUCUUGAAAGCUUACGUCUUCCAAACCACAGUAGGUAAUGAGCUCUGGUAGAUUAGAGUAGGCUGACCGGGAGCAGGCAAAGAGGACACAGGCAGAAGGAAGGUAGGUGGCUAUUUCUUGUUGGUUGCUCAUUGCUCUUUGGAAGAAUUUAGCAAAGGUGCUUGAUCCAGAGCUGCUCAGAAGACUUUCCGUUCAGGAAGCCUCUGAGUAUAGGACUCAGCCCUCCCCACAGGGACAGAAGUGACCCUUCCCUUAGCGAAGCCAGGCUUCCCAGAGUGCCCAUCUUCUCAGCACCAACAGUGCCCAGGCGCAUGGCCUGCACGCUUUGCAACCAGGGGGCAGCAGUCUCAGGAGGUCCAGUUAGAUCCCUGUUUGAAAGCUUAAACGGAUGGUUCACAUAUGGGAAGGAGUCGUCAGGGCUGCCAAAAAGAUCUCCCACGAAGGGAAUGGAAUAGAGGUUUUUUUAUUUAAAAAACAAACACCAGGAUAGGAUCACUUCUAUUCUGCAGAAUGAUACCGUUCUGUAAACUGUGACGGAUGGGCAGAAUUUCUGGACUUGUGUUCUUUAGGUGCUUUAAUUCAUACGUCUCCCAAAGUGAGUGACUGUCAUCAGGAGAAAGAUGGCUUUAAUUAUCCCAGUCAGUUGGGUGUGGAGCCAGGUCAGGGAGAGGAUAUUGCAGGUUACGUCUCCGAUGCAGCUACGCUCAGAAUGACUUCAUUCCUGAGGGUGAUCAGUGCUCUGGUCGCGGCUGCAGUGUAGUAUAAUUUCUGUCCUAACUAUCCCAUGCAAAGGAAUCUCUAACUUUUUAUAUAUAUAUAAAAGGGAUUGAAGAGUUGUAAAUAGUGAUUAACCAGCUAAUCAAUUUUUCAGAUAUUAGGUGAUAACAUUCUGAGUCAAAUCAGAGGGAAAAGCUACACCCAUGCUGAGCCUCUUCUCUUUCUCCUUACUCUUCAUACUUCCGGUUUCCUCUGGCUCUUCAUUCUCCUGCCACAUCUCUUUCCUCUUUCUCUCUUCAUAUGUGAGAAAGCCUGGGUGUCCGUGUAUAACAACACCCCAGCCAAUCUCUCCCAUUCUCUUCCCUCAUCUCACUCCCGGUUCUGAGUUCUCUACUCCCUUGUUACUGCCUCUGGGUGUCUGCCUGUGGGUGCUUUCCCCUCUGUGUGUAUCUCUAUCCAUUUUCCUCUGUGUCUCUGUCUGCUAUGUCUGUCCUGCUCUCCCCACCCCUCUCCACAGACACACAUUCUCAAAUGUAAGGUUUUGUCACAGAGUGGAAUGGGAGAGGGGCUUGAGGUUAACAGAGUUCUAUAUGUAGGUAGGAGUCCCCGGGUGGCACAAAUGGUUAAUGCACUUGGCUGCUAACCGGAAGGUUGGAGGUUCUGGUCCACCCAGAGUUGCCUCGGAAGAAAGCCGUGGGGAUCUACUUCCGAAAAAUCAGCCAUUGAAAAUCCUAUGGAGCACAGUUCUACUCUGACACAACAUGGGGUCGCCAUGAGUCAGAAUCGACUCAGUGGCAACUGGUUUGGUUUUGGUUUUCGGUAUGUAGGUAAAGUCGAGCAGGUUGAGGUUCCGUAAGGAAUUAACAGUGAGGAAGUCAACAAUGGUAGGGUUUAUUCUUGUUUAAACCAAAGUAUGAGGGGAAAAGCCUCAGAAUGUAUUUUUCUACUGAAUCUUUAAAUCCACUGUAGAAGGAAAUAUGUCAGGAAAGCAGCUGAAUCUGAUAGUUUCAUCAACAUCCUAAUCACAACAGAAAUGUGGACAAUUACAUGUGGUGGGGUGUAAACAGAUAGCUUUGUCUCCCCAGAAGCAGCUGGAGCUCAUAAGCGUGCAUGACACCGUAGUAGUUUCCAGAAGCUUCCCUCAGAGCCAUCUCAGUCCAACUCUUGCAUGACUGUAUCCUUCCUUAGCAUCUUAUCUAUGUUUAAAUAAUUAUCCUGCAUUAGAGUUAGGAAUAGGAACUAAUCUGUAGGAGUAUGUCCCCAAAUGGACAUUUGAAUGGACUAACAAAAACAAUUGCAAGGAUUGAAUUUCCGACGCAAAGGAAUGAUGACAUAAAAAGCAAACAGACAAAGACGACUUGAGUUUUGUAGUACCUAUUCUUAUUUUAACCGGCUUCAUCCCUGGUCUGCCUGAGAAACUAAGAAGGAAAUCAGUUUUUCAAACCCUCUUGGAAUCUGUCUUAGACUGUAGUUAAACCUAUUUGUCCUCCGGGGGUUCUUCACACUUGAAAAACUGUUCAUCACCAACAACGUGAAAAGCCCAACAGUGAGGGCCAAGUGUAACCAUUUACCACACUUGAUUCUAACUAUUAAAAUCGCAGUAACUGUGCACAGUGAAAUAAAGGGUGGUUUUCUCAUUGAGGCAGUAUGUGGCACUUCAGUAACUUGCAUUUAGUCUGUGAAGUUUUAAAUCACUCACUGCAAAAUGCAUUUAAAAUCUUCCAAGAAGGUAGAGGUCUAGUUUUCUGUUUUGCUUUAAGUCAGUUGCCUAAAGUUUCUUAGUAAUUUAGAAUCCAGACAUCUUUUAAAAGAAUGCUUUUUUGUUUUAGAAAAACAAGCAAAACUAUGUUGCAAGACUGAUAGUUGUAAUGUUCAUUUGCCACAGAUCAAAGGUUCACAAAAUAUAUUAAAUUUACAUCUACCUGAGGUAACUUGAUAGAUUUUUUUUUCUUUGAAUUUUCCCUUUAGGAAUUUGGAGCCUCAAUGUUAUUUGUGUUUUUUUUUUUUUAAUUUUAAAAAUACUAAAUUUUCAUAGUUUUGUUUUGCCAAAUGUGUGCAUACAUAUUAAAAGCAAUGAAACUAUUUCAAGCCAUACAACCACAGGGGUGGAAAUCCUUUUCACAAAUUUUAAUGUGUUUGUAUGUAAAUAGAUGUUUGUAUGAAAUAUUUUCAUGGUAGAAUGAAUAUAUUUAAAUGAAGUUGAAUUAUUCCAGUGCUAUUUAAACAAAUUACAGAAAUUUUGGUGAGAAUUAUCUGAGUCUAUUGAGAUAUAAUGUGGAUCAGUUUUGAUUUUUAAGAACUCAGAAAGCCUACAUAUAACUCUGACUCAUGGCAGCUCCACUCGCGUUGUUACAUUUGACGUGGAAGGAGCUCGUAGGCUUCCCCAGUGCCUCAGCCGCUUCCUGGUGGUAAGUUAGGUGCUAAUGGAGGUGUGUUCGUUCACCUUUUAGUGAUAUCACCACGGCCUUUCAGGGGCCCGAGAGUGAAUCAGAGGCAUUAGAGACACCGGUGCAGUUACCCCGAGCACAAUUUCUUUGCAGGGCAGCAGAAUCAGAAGCCAGACUUGGCCGUGUGAACCUUGGAACUGGGUUUCCUGGCCGCCAUCCACCGCCACCCUUACUGCCUAGUCACACACGUCAGGGAGGCUGUCCUCAGUGGAGUUGGGGUCAGACCCCAGGGUGGGACUUCACGGUUUUGCCAGCAAUCCCUGCCUCCUGGCUUCCACCUCUCAGAGAGGAAUGAGAGAGGGGCAGCUGGCAAAGGGCCCAUCUCUCAGCACAGUACACUUCCUGUCUCAGCUCUGGAAGACUAUGCACCCACGCGCCAAACUUCCAACCAGAGGGAGACGUCCUUGGAACAGAAAACCCGUUUCCUCUGUCUGUGACUUUACACAGUUGUUAGAAGUCAUUUUACUAUAAAGACCAAUCACAUCCCUGGGACAUACCUCCCAACGCUCCUGACUCUUAUGUUACUGAAAAACUCCUUAAUAACGAUAUUCACAUUGAGUGGGCUUUUUUUUUUUUUUUUUUUCUUCACUUUGGUCCUGAAUAUAAUGAAAUGAUAAACCUUAUGACAAAUUUUCACUGUGUAUUCUAGCAAUAUGUACACACAUGCCAAUAUAUCUUAACAUAUCUACUUAGUUAGGUCUUGGGUUACUAUAAUUAAACUUCAUUCGUGUUUUGGGAAACUACAGGGAUGAUGUAAUGCCUACUUAUCAUUUGAGAAAGUUAUGUCCAUGGUUCUGAGCUCCCUGCUUCAAAAGUUUUUCUCCUGGGUUUCCAAUGUUCCCUUUUUAUCCUGAAAUGCAUUUAUUAGGUUGUGAGGUAUGUUUAAGGAUUGAAAGACAGGGGUCAGCUUGCAGCAUUGAUUGCAACAAAAAGUUAACCCCAUCACAGUUAACAGGCAUCCUUGAUUGGUCUUUUAUGGAAUUUGAACUAAAUCUAUGAGCCUUAUUCAAUAUCUAUGAUUCUAUGAUUUUUUUUAAUUAUGGAAAAUUAAUGAAAGAUGUUUACAUGAAUGAUGUUUGCCCUUACUGUGUUAUGAAUGAGUUUUUUGUAGUGUGUCUGUGGGUGCAUGUGCAAGAGAGUAGGAAAAAUGUUUCUGAAACAAAACUUGACAAAUAUUUGUAAUGAAAAGUAAAUUUAAAGAUUGCUAUAAUUGCGCUAUAGAAACAAUGCAAGUAUUAAACAAAAUAUACAAUCA